AUGGAAGCCGCUCAGAAGUCUAAAAAUCCGGUUCCCGCCGUCCUCCUACAACCAUCCAAGUGGCUACCACUUUACGAGGACUUCGUGACAAAAAAUGCGAGUUCAAUAGGCCAGGUUGAAUCGGCAUUAAGGUCGUUGACGUACAUUAUUCCAGGACGCUAUCGCGAUUCAGAGAUACCCUCAGAAUGUGUUCAUUCAGGAGUUCAGCUGCUAUCGCUGUAUCAUGAUUCGUUGAUCUCAAAAGUCAUCUCUAACCUACCACCGACCAUUCGUCGACCAACACCGAACCCCCACACCCGAUACACAAAGUAUUGGUCGUCAGAGUCUUCCUUAUAUCAAAAAGUCGCUCUCACACUCCAAACUGUACAGUAUACGGAGCUGCUAUGGGAAAUGAUCGCGCGGCGCCGUGGCGAUAAAGUCCGCUGGCGCGUGGUUGUCCUUGUUGAAUUCGUGAAGGCAAUAUGUCGCCUUUUUCUACUACGGCUCACAAACUCGCGGCCGCUAGUUAGUCCUCCCUUACCUGAACGCGAAGUAGAUCCUAGGUCUCAGGAAGAAGAUGGAGGGGAUUGGAACGGAAUGGAGUCCCCUGUCAGCGAACGGUCUUCCGACCUUAAUUGGACCAUGCCUCGUACUGGGUUAUCACUUCCUUCUUUGCCCGACGUUAAUGAUGUUUCAAAUUAUCUCAUAUCCAAGGUCCUGACCGCGGAUGAUAUCAAACCUCCGAAAGCGCUUCUGCAUAGGGUCACCGGUCAAGGACAAUUGGCGGAAAUUCUACACAUCCUUCGGCCAGUUGUUUAUGCACUUGCGCUACAGAGAUGGAGUGGUGACAAGCGGAGCUGGAGGCCAUGGUUGAUCGGCUUUGGUAUGGAAUACGGCUGCCGACAAUUAGCCAAGGCCGACCUCCGGGAGAGAGUCACUGGCGGCCUCCGCGGACUGACCGGCCUCGAGCGAGAGGAGCUGAAGAAGAGGGGCUGGUCGAUGGGUUGGUGGUUGAUGCGAGGAGCUUUCUAUGAGAACAUUACCAAGUCUACAUUAAAGGGGUUCACUGGAAAGAUGAAGGGUAAGCCACUUCUUGAUCUAGUGGGCAGCAUCAUUGAGGACUACGAAUAUCUUUGGGACAACUAUUAUUUUUCGACUGCGACACUCUAA